UCAUUUAUCAGCACAAGCACUCCUUCAUUCGCUUCAAUCCUCCAAAAAUGCCUCAUAGUUACCAACUAUACGCAUUUCCGGUCACCAUAUUUGCCCACUUGUUGUUCAUCGCUGUCGCCACUCUUGUGCUCAUUUGGCUUCUCAAAUUCCGCGAAGGCGUCGCUGUCAAUUUCUCUAACAAGUCCGAGAUCCUCAACCUUCAUACUCUUAUGAUGAUGAUUGGGUUUGUUUUGGUUGGAGGAGAAGCUGUAAUAGUACACAAGGCGUUUGAAGUAAAAAGCAGAUCAGUGAAGGUGGUGCACCUGCUGCUGCAUCUGAUAGCUCUAGCAUCUGGAAUUUUCGGAGUUAUCUUAGUUUUCAAGGCUGAGGUGCAUCCUCAUCACAUGGUCACCUUACACUCAUGGCUCGGCAUGAUUGCCAUCUGCUCUUUCGGAUUGCAGUAUAUGUUGGCGUUCUGCACGUAUUUCUUCCCGAGAGCAGAAAUGUCGACGAGAGCUUCACUUAAGCCGUGGCACAGGUUGAUUGGGAUGGUCAUAUUCCUGCUAGCAGCGUGCACGGCAGAGACGGGCAUUGUUCAACGCUUUCAGUUUCUGGAACUUGGUCGCAACCGAGAGGCUCUCAUCCUCAAUUUCUCUGGUCUCUUGCUAUUCCUGUUUGCUGUCAGUGUUGGCCUCUCUGUUAUUCUCCCCAGAUACCACUGAUCAAAACAAUGAAUCCCCAGAUUCAUCCCUUAAUCCACAAUUCAUCGGGCAAGGGGUCUCAAUGCCUUUCACACUUAAUUCCACACACACCUGAUUAAAUUCCAACUUCUCCUUUGUCAUGCUGUUUUCAUUGAAGGGGAUCUCCAAGAAAAAGCACAAAAACCUUAUUUUGUCCUUCAGAAGUGUAACAUUACUGGUUUAAU